GGGAUCGCGACCGGCGAUCGCGAUCGGGAUCGGGGGUCGCGACAGACACACACUCCCCGCCCCACACCCCCCCCCCACCGCUACCAUGUCGACCGAAAACACCGCGCCGGCCGAGGACGGGCAGGAGCUGAAGAGUGUGGUGAGCCGGGUGGCCGGCCUGGCCCUGGUGAGCUCUGCCUGCGGCGCCGUCUCCACCGCCUACGCCUCCACCAAGGAGAGCCACCCCUACGUCAAGUCCGUCUGCGACGCCGCCGAAAAGGGGGUGAAGACGCUGACGGCGGCGGCGGUGAGCGGGGCCCAGCCCAUCCUCACCAAGCUGGAGCCGCAGAUUUCCACCGCCAACGAAUACGCCUGCAAAGGGCUGGAGAAGCUGGAGGAGAAGCUGCCCAUCCUGCAGCAGCCCACGGAGAGGGUGGUGGCAGGGACCAGGGAGCUGGUGUCGUCCACCGUGAGCGGGGCGGUGGGCCUGGCCCGCGGUGCGGUGCAGGGCGGCGUGGAGAGGACGCGCUCGGCGCUGAGCACCGGUGUCAGCACCGUGGUGGGCUCCGGCGUGGGCCGGCUGCUGGCCACGGGGGUGGACACCGUGCUGGGGAAGUCAGAGGAGCUGGUGGAGCGAUACUUGCCCGGGACGGACGAGGAGCUGGCGGCGGCGGGUGUUGAGGCGGCCUCACCGGAGCUGCGGAGGCGACGGCAGAGCUACUUCGUCCGCGUGGGCUCGCUCUCGGCCAAGCUGCGGCACCGAGCCCUGCGGCACUCGCUGGGUGAGCUGCAGCGGGCACGGCACAGCGCCCAGCGGGUCCUGGCCCAGCUCCACCGCAUCUUCGAGUUGAUCGAGCAGGGGUGGCAGGGCAUGGACGGGCCCCUGUACGGCACUCAGCAGCGUCUCCACCGCAUGUGGCUGGAGUGGAGCCGGCAGGACGCUGUGCCCAUGGAGGAGAGCGAGGUGGAGACGCGGACGCUGGCCAUGCUGCGCGGGCUCCUGCGCCAGCUCCACGCCGCCUGCGCCCGCCUGGCUGCCAGCACCCGGGCUUUACCCAGCAGCGUGCAGGAGACGGCGGGACACGUCCGGCACGGCGUAGAGGGCGUGCAGGCUUCCCUCUCCCGUGCGUGCUCCUUCCACGACCUGUCAGGUCUGGUGCUGGAGCAGAGCCGGGAGACGAUGACGCGGGCGCAGUUGAGCAUCGACGACCUGCUGGAAUACGUGGGGCAGCACGCACCCCUGCCCUGGCUGGUGGGACCCUUCGCCCCCGUCCUGGUGGAGUACCCGGAGGAUGCCCCCACGGACAUGGCCAAGUGGGAGGGUUGCAUCACCAUGGGGGAGACGCACCAGGUCCCCGCUUCCCCGCAGCUCUGCAGCCAGCGCUGAGCCACCGGGCCCACCAAACUGGGGGAGCGCCCACCCGCCCGCAGCAGCGAGCCCUAUUCCUGCCGGGGACGAGGUGACGAUGGACUCUGUGACCUGGCGUGGGACCCCCGAUGCUGCAGCGGGGGACGCGUUCGGGGAGGGAGGGGACGGCAGCAUGCGGAGGACGCGGUGUGUGCCCAGCCCUGCGGGGUCCGGGGCUCCCCGUGGUGUCCCCGAGCCUGGGGAGCGGUGGGAUUUCUUGUCGUAGCAGCUUUAAAGAGGAAGAAACCCAA